AUGCGACUUGCUGGUCGUGUAGGAAACUAUCUCGUCCGGUCUCAUGCAAAUGCAUCAGCUUAUCGUAAUGUGGACAAACUGCGACUCCAGUGCCAGCGGACACCCCAGCUUCGUCCUUGUAUGUACUCCUCACAGCCGCAAAGAUGCUUGUCCCUCUCCUCGAGCGACCCAAUCGCAAUUUCCGAUGACCGCCAAACCAUUACAUUCCGUCUGAAUAAUGGCGAGACAGUUUCGCAGAAGCUUUCGCCUACUCCGAAAGCAAACCGUGAUAAGCUUGCGGAUGCCCUUGCCUCGUUGCUUUCAACAUCGGAAACCUCUCGGCCAGAUGAUCUCCCAUUGAAGCGUUCAUCAGGGUUGUCAUUUGGCACGACCCAAUGGCAACUUGAUGCCCUCGGCGAUGCUAUACAUCGACACACGGCUCAUCCUUCUGUCCGGGAGUGCGAUGAGGCGGAACGGUUGAUUAUGGUCGAGGCUGAGAAAAUGAAUCAUCACCCACACAUUAGUCGUGGAAAUUUUGGCGGAGAAAACAGAUACAUGACCAUUACAUGUACAACCCACAGUCCUCGAGGUCUGAGCGUUCGAGACACCAGGCUUGCACACAAGAUUGACGCGAUCCUGGGUGCAUUCAGCGUCACGGAGCCUGUCAGCCCAGAUGGCGCGCAAGAUUCGGAUGAGAUUGAGAAACGGCUGGUCCAUCAUCGCGAACAAAUGAUUGCCCUCAACCGGCGGCAAAUAUCCGAAGCAUUGGAAAGUUGCUCCUGCGGUACAGCCAAAGCAAAACCUGCUGCCACCCCAGGCGAAUCUUCAUGA